UGAUGAUGAUGAGGAUGGUAAAUUACCCAUACCCAUGUUUGAAGAUUCUCAUGACGACAGCGUUAAAUUCUCUCCUCUCCAGAAGACAUUCAGCAAACAUUGAACAGAAGUUUCUUGUGGAAAUGCCAGAUGAUUUCUUUGAUUUCUGGGAUUGUUGUGUGCGGCUGAACAAGGAAAAACCAGAAGAGGCACUGAGCAAAGCUGGUCUAACACUUGUGGGUCCAUAUGAUGUCCUCACCAGGAAGUUGGAUGGUUUAAAGACUCGGUGUAGAUCCAGUUAUGCCUGUCAUUGGCGCUACUACUACGAUCCACCAGAAUUUAUGACUGUGAUAGCCGGUGAUGAAAAAGAAUACCACAUUGGCUAUUAUCGCGACGACCCCUUCGAAUUGCCAGGUUUUGUAGGUUCAAUGUCGUCCAAAAACCAAGGAGUUAUCAAAGCCCUCGGUGGAAAUAUCUUUGGUGCACUUCAUUAUCUUAGAGACAGAAUGAGAGAACACUCAAAGAAAGCUCCACUUCAGAGAUUAUACAACGAAAUUGAACUGUAUGCUAUGAAGAAACUCCAUUCAUUGGAGGUCGAGACAAAGAGCAUGAAGGAACGAAAAAUCGUAGUUUCCCCGACCUUCCAUGGGGGCGUGUUAGCACUUCCUACGACAAAUGCCAAAUUGUGGAGAAUGAUGAACAGGGUUGUUGGAUCCAAAACUGACUGGGAGAGAAGGAAACAUUUUGAAGUUAUUCAAGACUUAAUAAAAAAUGUACAGUUUGCUUAUGAUGCUGAUGACAUUGGUAUGGGACUAGAGCUUGGACUUGACAUGUUUACGUUCGGCCAUGAGUUGUUUCACAAGCCUGUUUACCAUGUCCUUGGUUUAGCAUAUGACAUGUUAGGGAGAGAACCUUAUAUUGAUAUAUUACAAGCUCAUCUGAAGAACAGACGACAGGGCAGCAAUUUGAGCAUCAUGGAAGUUGUUGAAUAGAUGACAAGAUGGAUCACCUUUGAUGUAGCUGUCUUAAGUUCCUCAUGCUUUGCCCUUAAGUUGUACACACUUCAGUACAAUGCCAACUCUCUUACUUAUUGGCAUUGAAAUCACUUAAGUACAGGUACAUGUAAAAUUGGCUUCACUAUCUGUUUAGCUAAUAGUGUCAUGUUCUUAGUUGAAAUUUUGUUGAUUUAAAUGUCAAGUUAGUGUCUUUGUACUGUAUUCCUUCCUUAAAUUAUACUGUAGUUUAGUAUCUUAGGUUUAGAUAACAACAAUUUUGUAAAAUAUACAUGUAAGUGCCAUGCAUUAUAAAAUGUAAGUGCCAUGCAA